ACCAGAGGCGUUCUAAAGUCCUAAUCAAUCACAUGUUAUUCAUCAAAUUCUUUGUAUACAUAUAACUUUGUACUCAAAUCACUUUAAGCAACAUAUCCAUCAAAACAUUUCUUUCCUUACUAAAAUGGAGAUUCAGUUUUCUCCUUUCAACUUAAUUCCACUGUUACUCUUCCUUUCAUUUCUCUUUAUCCUAGUGAAGAAAUGGAACACCAAAAUUACAAAGUUACCUCCAGGUCCAUGGAGACUUCCCCUUAUUGGAAGCCUCCAUCACUUAAAAGGAAAACUCCCUCAUCAUAAUCUUCGAGAUUUAGCUCGAAAAUAUGGACCUCUCAUGUACUUACAACUCGGAGAAAUUCCUGUAGUUGUAAUAUCUUCGCCUCGUAUAGCAAAAGCUGUACUAAAAACUCAUGACCUCGCUUUUGCAACUAGGCCACGGUUCAUGUCCUCUGACAUUGUGUUUUACAAAAGUAGGGACAUAUCUUUCGCCCCAUAUGGCGAUUACUGGAGGCAAAUGCGUAAAGUGUUGACACAAGAACUCAUGAGUAACAAGAUGCUCAAGUCAUAUAGCUCCAUCCGAAAAGAUGAGCUCUCGAAGAUCCUCUCAUCGAUUCGUUUGGCAACAGGUUCUGCAGUUAACAUAACAGAAAAGCUUCACUGGUUUACGAGCUGCAUGACCUGUAGAUUGGCCUUUGGAAAAAUAUGCAACGAUCGAGAUGAAUUGAUUAUGUUAAUAAGAGAGAUAUUAGCAUUAUCGGGAGGAUUUGAUGUGGGUGAUUUGUUCCCUUCCUGGAAAAUACUUCACAAUAUGAGUAACAUGAAAGCUAGAUUGACAAAUGUACACCAUAAGUAUGAUCUAAUUAUGGAGAACAUUAUCAAUGAGCACAGACAGAAUCAUGCAGCAGGGGUAAAGGGUAAUAACGAGUUUGGUGGCGAAGAUAUGAUUGAUGUUUUACUGAGGGCUAAGGAGAAUAAUGAGCUUCAAUUUCCCAUUGAAAAUGACAACAUGAAAGCAGUAAUUCUUGACUUGUUUAUUGCCGGAACAGAAACUUCAUAUACUGCAAUCCUAUGGGCAUUAUCAGAGUUGAUGAAGCACCCAAGGGUUAUGGCCAAGGCACAAGCUGAAGUGAGACAAGUCUUCAAAGAAAAUGAAAAUUUCGACGAAAAUGAUCUUGACAAGUUGCCAUACUUAAAAUCAGUGAUUAAAGAAACACUGAGGAUGCACCCUCCAGUUCCUUUGUUAGGACCUAGGGAGUGCAGGGAGCAAACUAAGAUCGAUGGAUAUACUGUACCUGUUAAAGCUAGAGUAAUGGUCAAUGCAUGGGCUAUUGGAAGAGAUCCUGAAAGUUGGGAAGAUCCUGAAAGUUUCAAACCGGAGCGAUUUGAAAAAAUUUCAGUUGAUCUUACAGGUAAUCACUAUCAGUUCAUUCCUUUCGGUUCAGGAAGAAGAAUGUGUCCGGGAAUGUCGUUUGGUUUAGUUAACACUGGACAUCCUUUAGCCCAAUUUCUCUACCAAUUCGAUUGGAAACUCCCUGAUAAGGUUAAUGCAAAUGAGUUUCGUACUACUGAAACAAGUAGAGUUUUUGCAGCAAGCAAAGAUGAUCUUUACUUGAUUCCCACAAAUCACAGGGAGCAAGAAUAAGCUUUAAUGGAUUUCUUGGAAGAAUAAAAGAAGACUCUCCAGCAUGGUCUACAUUAUUUUUAAAUUCCUUAGUAUGUAUGAAACCUUUACUUGGUUGCAAGUUUUUAGUUUAAGAAAUAAGACAACUCAAUAUUAUAUUUA